AUGGACGCUCCAGACUCAGGGCUGUCGCCCCUGCACUUGCUACUCACCCAAGGCAUUACAGGCAUGCACCCGGGAGAACUGGUGCUACGUCUGAUCACUCGUCCUGCCGAGUGGCCAAAGACAACAAUACCGCUCUGGAACGCGUGCGUGUACGGCAGCCACCGGCUCAUUGCCGUCACCCCUGAGUUUUUGGCCGCCGCAGUCAUGGACGAAAUAGGGCCAGACGAAUACGAAGAGGUGCUCUUAGGGAUAAUGGGAGCAAUGGUACCAGAAGAACAUCCUGAGAGCGCAAGAGGCUUAGUAAUCUUGGUCAAUCGCAAGUCCUCAGUCACAGCGUUUAGAUCGCCAGAGGUGCAUCGCCUUGCGGUCGAGCAUGUUGCCCGUAACAUGGCAACCGUCCGAGCCCGUGGCUUUGUGGAGGUCACUGAACCAGAUGGAACGCCGGUGUUCGUGUUCUUCGCAAUCAUCGGCACAUACGCGGACGAGCGGGGUAUCCCCCUCCCGUGGGAUUACUUCAUGAACUGGAGGCCGGUGACGGACAGGCCCACGCAGCACGGCGGGUGCCGGGGCUGCCGCGACUUCCGGCGCAGGCAGAGGCGCCUGCGGCAGGCCAUAACGCGAGGACAGAGAGACAGGCAAAAGAGGCUGGGCCAGCCUUUGCCGCUGCCACCACCGACACCACCACAGCUGGAACUGCCGUCUUGGCAGAGAAGCACUGCAGCGCCUGCAGCCAGACUUGGUGUACAGCCACCACCGCCUCAGAACACACCUGCAUCGUCCUCCCCCGACGACGGUGGGCCUGCUGCCGCAACCACCACCACCACCCCCCGCACAACCACCAUCAGAACAACCACCACCACCAUCACCACCGCCACCACUACGAACACCCCCGCCAGCGCCAGCAGCAAUAGCAGAGCCGACGAGGGUCCGGCUGCCUCCUCGUUCUCCACCUCCUCCUCAUCCACACGUCGCUAA